CUCUCUCUCUCUCUCUUACUGUCAUUCUCUCCGUCUCAGUGUGCGUACGUAUAAAAGCGUCUCGGAGCUUUCACCUCAAUCUGAGCUCUCUGUGGCUUUGCGGGGCAGGCGGGCGCAGGACUCAGGCACGCCACCAAAGGGCAUCCCUCUGAGCCAUUUCUUUGACCUUCCCUCUCUGUUUUCCCCGCCGCCCCCCAGUUCCUUCUCCUCCCUCCGAUGUGUCGCGGGUUUCCCCCCUCUCCUCCUCACCCUUCCUCUCACUGAACGUCUUCGCUCUGCCUAGACGGUGGCUGCAUCGAUGCAAAAUGGGUUGUGGCAAUUCCUCAGCCACCAGCACCUCAGGAGGGGGGCCAGCAGAAGCCUCCAAAGAUGUGACAGAAGAUCCCUUGGCAGACGAUGAGAAAAGAAGGAAUUAUGGCGGUGUGUAUGUGGGUCUGCCUGCGGACCUGACCACAGUAGCUGCUAGUCAGUCUAAAUCCACACGGAAAGACUAGCAGCUACAGAAUGGAGUUCAAAACAGGACCCUACAGUUGAGUCACCCAGAGACUGUCACGUUACAAGCAGAGAGCAUCUCGCCGCUCUGAUUCUGGUAGAAAAUUGACUAAAUAAGGACUUUCAGAGUCACACUGAGCAAAAGACAGGAACUAGCAGAGCGGCAGAAGAUGGAGUGAUGUUUUGAUGUGUAUGGCAUCAGUCACCGCCCUUUAUCCUUGAGAACAAAAGACGAAGAAAGAGGAAUCCCAGACAGGCGCCCCACGCUACGAGUAGCAGCUGAAGGUGGUAUCAAUGGACCCCCCCCCGACCCCUCUCUCCCUCUCAGGAAAUGAUGGAGGAUACAGCCAACUUCACAACUGAAUGAGUGGGAAUCACACAAUCUCCCCAAACUCCCUUGGCAAUAAUAUUUUCUGCUAAUAAUAUCACUAUAGUGCAUAAAUGUUUAAUUGCAAGUAGACUGAACGUGUCACUGGUGAUGAAAAUAGAAUUUAUUGCAAUCAAGGACCUGCUGUUGCAUCAGGAAAGAGAGAUAUUAUUCUCAAUAAUCACUCUGAGAGCUGAAAUGAAGCUUGUUUUACACGAUGUUCCGGAUGUGGUCACCUGACCCAUUCCAGGCGUAUUUGUCGUGCUUAUUCUCCCUUCAGCAUUUUUUCUUUUUUGCUCAAAAAAAAGCUCAGAAUAUAGUACCUUUAAAGCCACAAAUGGGAAAUUUUCUUAAGGUUUUCAUAAGCUGAACUGUCAACUUCUUUUCUCACAUCACAGCAUAAAUGUAGAUUUGCAAAAACAGCUUAAUCUUGGAAGAGAUUGAAAGGAAGCAGCGUAAAAAGAAACAUAGAAAUGGUGAAUCGGUCUUCAAUCCUCCCCACAUGCUAUAUAGCUGAACUCCAUGUUGUUUGUGUCAGUGUGUAAUCUUUGAAAGAAAAUGUGUGUUGAAUUGUGCAAUUUUCUGUCUGUCAACAAACACCACAAGAGAAGAUGAAAAUUAAGUUUUCAUUGAAGUACAGCUUAUAUUGUGAUAUUUACUGUGCCUUGCGGAGACGUUCCCACCCCUUACACUUCUCCACAUUUUGUCACGUAGCCACAAACACCAGUGGAUUUUAUUGAGAUUUUCUAUGAUUAUCCCACACAAAGUGGUGCACUGUUACGAAAAAAAAAAUCAUGCAUGCUUUUCAAGUUCUUUUAUAGAUUAAAACUUGAAAAUUAUGUUGAUCCAUCACAUAAAAUCCUAAUAAAACACAGCAAAUUUUGUGGUUACAUCAUGAGAAAAUGUGGGAACGUUCAAGAGACAGGGAUACUUUAUCAAAGUUUUUAAAACUCUUUGUACCCUUUAUAUUUGCAAAUUAUUGACUACUGAAUCAAGUCAUGUUUCGUUCUGUUAAGCAGCAUGUCGAAAAUGUGCAAAAAUGUUUGAUCAGUACGGGGGUUAAAAAAAAAAAA